GAAUGACAUGCAUGUGCACUGAGAAACGAAGAGUUAGUUCGAGUGCUGCUUGUUUGCAGUCAAGAGUGGCUAAAUAUUAUUGUCAACAAAGAGGCGAGUAGUGCUGCGGUCCGCAGCAGCGAAGUCCGAAAAGUGUAAUCAUCGGCUGGGCGGAUUGGACGACUGUCGACCAUGUCGCUGGCCAAAGUGCAGCGCUGGUUGUCCACGCGCCGUUCCAGGCGGCCCAAAACGAAGAAGAGAGACAGCGGUGCUGCUGCCAAUCCGGGUGAUGCCGAGGCAGGCAGUGAGUUGUCCGUACCCGGCGUACCACGCUCCAACAGCGUUGGAUCUCGCCCGGCCAACAUAUCGAUAAGCUCGUCAGCGUCCUCCAACACAAUCCCAGUGCUGGAGCUGCAGAUGAGCCCGGGAGAGAGGCGCCGCUCCAACGCCACGUUCCUGUCGUCGCAGAGUUCAAUUCGAAGUGACGCUACCACCACCACGAGUGGCACGAUGAGCUCCAUGCGUCAGCGCGCUCACACGCACUCUGGUGGCGAUAGCGGCAUCUCGAAGAUGCUACUCAAGCUCAGUCCCAGCUUACGCAGGAGGAAAAGUGGAAGGAAAUCGCCAAAAGCGUCGCCCCGUGGAUCACCAACAUCUAUGUUGGACCGUCGGCAUCGACAGGAUGAUAACAUUUCAAGUACUUCAGAAAUUUGGAAGGUUGGUGAGGUGCGUGGAGGCAUAGCAUUGCUCUCCGAUGGUGAGCAGCUGAAGCUGCCCGAUUCUGUACUGGACGGAGAGCUGAAGAAGGAAGGCUUCCUUCAGAAACAUGGCCGACGCUUUGGGGGCUGGAAGCGACGUUGGUUUGUUCUGGACACGGGUGAAGUUGCUUUGUUCAAGACAGAGUCGGCGGUCGGAUUCACUGGCAUCAUACCUAUGGAUCAGGUCGUGUCCAUCAACUACCCAUCUUCGGUGGCCAGCUUUGGUUUUACAUUUGAGGUGGUGACGACGAAACGUACAUACGUGUUGGCUGCCAAGACGGAGGAGGAGGCUAUCCAUUGGGUCCACAUCCUACGUCGUGCCAGCCACACAGACAGGCCACGAACAGCAAUUAGGACUCGACCAAGUCGGUUCUUCGUCAAGCGUGACGUCGAGAUAACGGAACCUCGCAACGAGGACGAGCUGAGGCGAGGGCUUUUCCGCUCCGAGGGCACAGCCGAGGAGAGCAUUGCAGCGCUGAAAGAACACCUGGCAAUGCUGGACGACGAAGAAGCAGCCGUCUCGGCAGACGAACCGCUGAAAGAUGACGAUACAGCCUCGAUCACGACGUGCCCGGCUGUAGAUAUGGCAAGCGAGGGUCUGGCAAUAGAUGCCCUUCAAGCGUUCCUGAAUCGCAACUGAACAACAACCUUUGGUGGUAUUUCUUAGUAUUGCCGAUGACAAAUAUGGGAAGAGGAUCUAUAACGUUACUAUGCUGUGAGGUUGUGUAUGUAUAGGCGUGUACAGUGGUGUGUGUACGUGUGUUCGUGUAUGUACGUGCGUUUGUGUGUGUGUGUGUGUGUACGUGUGUGUGUCUGCGCUUGUGUGUGUGUGUGUGUGUGUGUGUGCGUGUGCGUGCGUUUGUGUGUGUGUGUGUGCACCCGUGCAUACGGGCAGCUGUGCUGCUAGGAUGCUUGCCGUGCACAGUGACAGCAGUAUGGUACAUAGGCACGUGUGUCCGUGUGUGUGCCCACGUCUGUGUGUUUAUGUUCGUGAGUGCACACUAACAAGUUUUUUUCAGACAAAAGUAUCUAGUCUUUUUUUUGCAACCAGGCAUUCAAGUCCAGUGCACCGUGCCAAACUUACAUUCCUGCCUCCGCUACCUAUAUGAAUAUUAUUAUUGAUGAGUGAGAUAUUCCUUUUCCGGCUAUUUCCGCUAAACGGCAGGCGGGCUGCUUACCCGACUGCCAGUUUUCCUGCUCAAGGGCUAUGAAUCGUGACGAAUCUUGUCCCUGUGCUACUCUAGCUUCUCUCUCUCUGUACAGUUGUAGAUGUUCAGUGUAUGUUUAUAUUCCUCUAGAUUGGACAAUGUUUCUUCUUCUACAUCUUCAGUGAAUGAGGUCAGUGUACUGUACGCAUGUGAUUCAACAGCCAAGGGAAAUUAUUUCUUUUCCCUAUCUUAUUCUUCUAAGUGCAUGCAAGCUUGUUUCAGAAAAUUUAAAUAACAUGCACAUUUGAUGAACAUCAUUGAGGGAGGGCGUUCUCCAAUCGAUC